AUGCCUGUCAGAAAGCCUAGCAAGUACGGGAACAAGUUCCGGUCCGGUGCUGCGUCCUUCAAUCCGAAACGAACAAAAACAGUCGAGUUCUCCUCCCUCCGGUCGACGGAAGCCACCUCGCAGGAUGAGAAAUUCGAGGCGAUCCGGCUGGCGAACAGCAUCGACGAGUCCCUGGGCUUCCCGCGCUUCGAAGCCGGCGAAAAGCGCGUGGGAUGGCUCAUCAACAUGCACAGCACCUCAAUAGAGGACUCGAAUGUCCCCGGGGGCCGCGCCGGUGUGGACUACUAUUUCCUGGAGGACGAUGGAGGAAGUUUCAAGGCGACCGUCGAGUACGAUCCUUAUUUCCUCAUUGCGGUCAAAAAAGGACAUGAGAUGGAGGUGGAGGAAUGGUGUCGCCGCAUGUUCGAGGGAGAGAUCAAGAAGAUCUCGCGAGUCGAGAGAGAGGAUCUCAAAUUGCCGAAUCAUUUGCUGGGACACCGAAGAACCUUCCUUCAGCUGAACUUUUCGAAUGUCAGCCAUUUGUUGGAUGUGCGAAAGACGCUUCUUCCUUUGGCGGAGAAGAAUAAGAAGAACGUGAAUGUGAUGGAUACUUACGUGGAGGUUUCAAGCGCCAACGUUGGCUUUGAUCUCUUUGAUGACGAACUAAUUAAUGAGGCACGAUCUAAUGGAAAUACGCAAGCGAGUGAUUUUAUAAUUGAUAUUCGAGAAUACGAUGUUCCUUACCAUGUUCGAGUGGCGAUUGAUAAAGAUAUCCGAAUAGGAAAAUGGUACACGGUGGAGGCAAAACAUGGCGUCAUAUCAUUGAAUUGCAUUGAGGAGCGAUUACAGCGAGCUGAUCCGGUUGUGCUCGCUUUCGAUAUUGAGACAACGAAACUACCUUUGAAAUUUCCCGAUUCCGUCAUUGAUCAGGUCAUGAUGAUUUCUUACAUGAUCGAUGGCCAAGGGUUUCUCAUCACCAACCGCGAGAUCGUAUCUGAGGACAUCAACGACUUCGAGUACACGCCCAAGCCGGAGUACAGCGGACCCUUCAUAAUUUUUAAUGAACCUGAUGAGCGCGGCGUCCUUGAGCGGUUCUUCGAACACAUCAAAAUUGCCAAGCCAACGGUUAUUGCGACCUACAACGGUGACUUCUUCGAUUGGCCGUUUGUUGAAGCAAGAGCCAGUGUAUUGGGAAUCGACAUGUACAUGGAAAUUGGCUUUCGCAAGAAUAGCGAGGACAUCUACCAGAGUGACAACUGCGUACACAUGGAUUGUUUUGCUUGGGUCAACCGUGACAGUUACCUCCCCCAAGGCAGUCGUGGCUUGAAAGCUGUCACCGUUGCUAAACUUGGGUAUGAUCCCGAUGAGCUUGACCCGGAAUUGAUGACGCCCUAUGCAAGUGAACGCCCGCAGACUCUGGCCGAAUACUCAGUCUCCGAUGCCGUGGCCACAUAUUACCUAUACAUGAAAUACGUCCACCCGUUCAUCUUUUCUCUAUGCACAAUUAUUCCUCUCAACCCUGACGACACGCUACGCAAGGGAACUGGAACGCUUUGUGAGAUGCUUCUCAUGGUGCAAGCCUACAAGGGCGAAAUCAUUCUGCCGAACAAACACAAGGAUAGCCCGGAGUCUUUCUACGAAGGCCAUCUACUUGAGUCAGAGACUUAUGUGGGUGGUCACGUCGAGAGUCUUGAGGCUGGCGUAUUCCGAAGCGACAUCCCCGUCAGCUUUAGCGUUGACCCUACGGCUGUCGACGAACUUCUCCGCGACCUCGACGCAGCUUUGAAAUUCAGUAUCGAAGUAGAAGAGAAAAAGUCGAUGGACGACAUCGUCAACUAUGACGAGGUAAAGGGCCAAAUUACAGAGCGCUUGAUUAAUUUGCGAGAAAACCCGGUCCGAGACGAAGUGCCGUUCAUUUACCAUUUGGAUGUUGCUUCCAUGUAUCCGAAUAUCAUGGUUACAAACCGACUUCAACCAGAUUCCAUGAUCCAAGAAUCAAAUUGCGCCGCCUGUGAUUUCAACCGACCCGGAAAGACUUGUGAUAGACGAAUGCCGUGGGCAUGGCGAGGUGAAUUCCUGCCAGCCAAGCGUGACGAGUACAACAUGAUUCGGCAGGCAGUUGCAAAUGAGCGGUUCCCAGGCAGGAACAAGAACAGCCCAAUGCGACUUUUCAGCGAAAUGAGCAUCGAAGAGCAGGCCGCAAUCGUGAAGAAAAGAUUGCAAGAUUACAGCAAGAAGAUUUACCACAAGAUCCAUGACAGCAAGACACUGGUGCGAGAGGCGAUCAUCUGUCAGCGCGAGAACCCGUUCUAUGUCGACACCGUUCGCAACUUUCGAGACCGACGAUACGAUUUCAAAGGCAAACAAAAAGUGUGGAAGGGCAAAGCUGACUCGCUUAAAUCAUCUGGUGCUCCCACCUCCGAGGUGGACGAAGCGAAGAAGAUGAUCAUUCUCUUUGACUCUCUCCAACUUGCACACAAGGUUAUUCUGAACAGUUUCUACGGUUACGUCAUGAGAAAGGGUUCCCGAUGGUACUCUUUGGAGAUGGCCGGUGUGACAUGCUUAACAGGUGCUCGGAUUAUCCAAAUGGCCCGAGAACUCGUUGAACGUAUCGGACGACCACUGGAACUCGACACAGAUGGAAUUUGGUGUAUGCUUCCAGGCAACUUCCCCGAGAACUUUUCGUUCACCCUCAAAAAUGGAAAGAAAUUGGGCAUCUCGUAUCCCUGUGUCAUGUUGAACCACCUCGUCCACGGAAGCUAUACCAACCACCAAUACCAGACUCUUGUUGACCCGAAAACGUUCCGUUACGAGACGCACAGCGACAACUCCAUCUUCUUCGAAGUUGACGGGCCUUAUAGGGCAAUGAUCCUACCCACUUCCAAGGAGGAGGACAAGAAUUUGAAGAAACGUUAUGCCGUAUUCAACCAUGAUGGCUCUCUUGCUGAAUUGAAGGGAUUCGAAGUCAAACGACGAGGAGAGUUGAAAUUGAUCAAGAUUUUUCAAACUCAGAUCUUCAAAUUCUUCUUAGAAGGGCAGACUCUCGAGGAAACAUACCGGGCCGUGGCCCGGGUAGCAGAUCGAUGGCUGGAUGUGCUUUACGAGCACGGAUCGACCUUGGCCGAUGAGGAGCUCAUCGAUCUGAUUUCGGAAAACAGGAGUAUGACGAAAACCCUGGAGGAAUAUGGCAACCAAAAGUCAACUUCCAUCACAACUGCGCGACGUUUGGCGGAGUUCUUGGGAGAGCAAAUGGUCAAGGAUAAGGGCUUGAACUGCAAGUAUAUCAUAUCUUCGAGGCCUCGUAACACACCUGUCACUGAGCGUGCUAUACCCGUCACCAUAUUUUCAGCCGAGGAAAAUGUGAAGCGCUAUUUCUUGAGAAAGUGGCUGAAGGAGGAUCCUGGGGAUAUGGACCCUCGAAGCGUGAUUGACUGGGACUACUAUCUUGAACGUCUGGGCUCUGUGGUGCAGAAGCUCAUUACGAUUCCAGCUGCACUCCAAAAGAUCAGCAACCCUGUUCCGAGAGUGGCUCAUCCAGACUGGCUUCAGCGCCGGAUCAACAUGAAAGAUGACAGGUUCAAGCAGACAAAGAUGACCGAUCUAUUCGUUAAGUCCGAAAAGAACCCGCUCUCGGACAUUUCGACAAAUAUCCUUGACCACCGCGUCCAGCACCCAGGUGACAUGGAUGAGGCGAUUGCAAACUCGACACAAAAGUCCAAGUCAUCACCCAACAACAAGGUUUCUCAGAAGAGAAAGCUUCCUGAGGGUCACACGAAAACCUCUCUUGAUCCUUUCGCCAGUCUCCCGGCAAAGAUGCCACCGAUGGAGGAUGAUUAUGUCGGGUUCUUGAGAUACCAAAAGCAGAAAUGGAAGAUUCAAAAGCAAGCCCGUGUUCGUCGUCGUCAGCUCUUUGGUGAACGAGCCAAUACUGGCACAGAUGCAUUGAGCCACCUGUUCAGAAACCAAGCUGAAUUGCUCUAUAUCAGUACAUGGCAAGUGCUCCAGCUGGCGGAAACAUCAAGACCCGGCAUUGUGCGAGCUUUCGUCCUGAUCGACCGAAAAGUUCAUGCCUUGACCGUCAAGGUCCCCCGACAGAUCUAUGUCAAUUUGAAGCAGGACUCGCUUCCGGAUGUCGACGUCCCUGAUUGCGAAGUCGAGAAAGUCAACCACACAUUACCCAAUGGACACCCUUCUGUGCAUCUGUUCAGAUUGACACUAUCUGAGGAGACCUUUAUACAUGAGGCCGACAAGAUUGACCUGCUUUUGCAACAUCCCAGUGUUGAGGGUGUUUACGAAAAGGGUAUCCCGCUAAGUGUACGCGCCGUCCUGAAACUCGGAAGCAUUUGCACUUUCGAUGAAGAACAGCGCGGUGUCCUUGGAGAAGGAUUAGACCGCGGAUUCGACCUUUCGACGCUGUGCCGUACCCCCUCCGAGCAACCAUAUCUUCUGAACACGCCGUUGGUUUAUCAUUACUUGUACCAUGUGACCUCAGGAGACAGACAGAUCUUUGCUCUCUUUUCCACCGCCAAGAGCGAGGCGCAUAUCGUCAUUCUCAAUCGGACGAGAGAUGUCCAAGGACUUCCCAAUGUGGACAAGAUCUACUCGGAACUGUUAAUGCGCAGGAAGCAGAACACGGAAGGGGAUCAAGCUCAGGCGGCAUUUGAAUACCAGGACAAGAUCCACUUCAGGACGACCCAGGUUACGACCAAAAGAAAGGCGUAUCUAGAAGUCGGCGACUUGGUCAAAAAACUCAAGAGCGAUGAAACCCAGCCAUCUAUUUUGGUUAUUCAAUCGCAGCAGAGAAACCGAUUGUGCCACGAUAUCCCCAUUCUCAAAGAUUAUCCUGUUCUUCCUGUGAAGCCUGAGGUAUCGGAUAUGGAUCUUCCUCCGUUGGGCUGGCAAUCUUUCAUAGCUAGGAGACUGGUCACGCAUUACCUGUAUCUCUCUGCUUGGAUUCAGCAUUUGACCCUGCUCGCCAGGUACGGUGAUGUCCCUCUCUGCAAUCUGGAGAGUGAUGAUCCCCGGUAUCUCAUCGAUAUCUCAUACGCCCGGCGACUGCAGCAGAACAAUGUUAUUCUGUGGUGGUCUCCAAGUCCAAGACCCGAUCAUGCAGGAUACGAGAAGGAUGACAUCACUGGUCCAUUGGAGAAGGUCUCUAUGCCGUCCGUCAAUGUCCCAUGCGCUUACGACACGGUGUGUAUUGAAUUGGAAGUGCGCAAUUUGUCAAUCAACACGAUCUUGACUUCCUCCAUCAUCAGCGAAAUGGAAGGAGCCGAUACGCUGUUAGCGGGCUCUGAUGCACCCGCCGAUACUAACGGCGCAGGCGUUCUAUACUCCGAAAAGGCAUUUACCUCAGCUGGUGCUGUUGUCUUACGAGAGAUGGUCAAACAUUGGUGGACCGAGGCGUGCGAGGGGAACACGAUGGCCGACAUCAUGGUGCAGCAUCUGAUCCGAUGGGUCGAGAGUCCAAUUUCGUGUCUUUACGAUCGGUCUCUGCACCACUACGUGCGAAUGCUGUCCCGCAAAUCUUUCCAGCGACUUAUGGUGGAAUUCCGGCGUGUUGGUUCGAAUAUUGUGUUCGCCAGCUCCACCCGCCUUUUGCUUCAGACGACCAAAACGGAGGUCGGUAAUGCCUAUGCGUAUAGUCAGUACGUGCUCAAAUCCAUUCGGGCAAAUCCGUCAUUCCACUUCAUCGACUUGGAGAUUAAAGAGUACUGGGACUACCUUGUCUGGUAUGAUGAAUACAAUUACGGUGGAAAGGGAUGCCGGGAGGUUACCGGAGCGGACGAGCAGGAGCUCGAAACCGUCAUGCAUUGGCAACUCAGUCGCUUCCUGCCAGCCCCAAUGCAGUCCAUCUUCAAUGAUUGGGUGGUAGAGUAUAUCGACUUGAUGCAUGGCAUCAAACAUCCAGAGAACGACAACUCUUCCGCGCCUCGGCCAACGCAGAUUCCCCUUACACGCCCGACCGAUGAGGACAGUGAGGAAGUUUCGGCUGUCCUUGCCGAGAAAUUCUCGAAGCCGAUGAAGAAGCAAAUUUCGGGUCUUAUUCGCCGUCAGCGUGAAGAAAUGCUUCACCCGGAACUCGCGUCUGACUAUGCAUUCCCUAUGCUUCCUGGGGUUCUGUCAGACCCCAACGACGAGAAGCGCAACCCUGUGUUGGAGCUGGUCAAGCUCCUGAUGCAGAUUCUAAGUCUGUCCAAGACCACUACCCUCGAAACGCGUCUUCUGCGUCGAGAGCUUCUCGCCCUGUUCGAGGUGCGCGAAUUUAGCAAAGAAGGCCGAUUCGAGAACCCGGCCGCCAGUCUCAAACUCCCGGAGCUCACCUGCGGUGCUUGCUGCCUGAUCCGCGAUCUUGACCUUUGCCGCGACGAAGACGUCCUUCCAGACCCCGGAUCCGACCCGAGCAAGGCGGCCACGAAGCCCUGGCGCUGCCCCUUCUGCCAGACCGAAUAUGAUCGACUGGCGCAGGAGGAGAUUCUGAUCGGUCAGGUUCAGGGGAUGAUAGUCGCGUGGCACACGCAGGAUCUCAAGUGCUCGAAAUGCAAGGGCCUGAAAGUCAGCGACUUCAUGGAGCAUUGCUCGUGCAGCGGCAGCUGGGUGGCCACGAUGGACCGGGCGGAGAUGGAAAAGAAACUGCGCGUGUUGGAGAGCGCUGCGAAGUUCCACGGAUUGAAAUUACUGCAGGGAGUGGUGGAGGAGGUUCUUAGGCGCAUGUAA